UGCUGAUCGCGGAUCGGUGCGUUCCGUCGAGCUUGGAACACGAAAAACGCGUUUCGGCGAUGUUUUAUUUAUACAAACAUCGGCGCAAGUGACAGAUAAAUCGGGGAUAUUUAGUUGUUUUGGAUUUUGUGGAUGUUAUUACUGCGAAAACGAUUUGAUUUAGUCGGGAAAGUUUGAUUUUGUGGUGAAUUUUUGAGGAUUUAUUAAAUAUUUGGAUCGGUCUUGGCUUCAGAUUCAAGAGGUCUUGGUGAAUAUAGAUUGUAAUAUAACGAGUUUUAUCUUUCUUCUCUGUUUUAACUGAUUUACGCGAAAAUCUGCAUACAACAACAAAGGAACCCGUCUAUUUUACCAAACAGCUGUAGUUAGUGAAUACAUACAACAGUUUCAGUGCGUCUACAUAGUGAAUUAAGCCAUCUUAACGUUAAUUCAUCGUUAAAACCAUGACCAUGGCCUCGAAUAUAGUGACGGAAUGGCUGAAAUCGUUACGAUUAGGCCAAUAUUCCGAAAGUUUCAUCGAUAACGGUUAUGACGACUUGGAAAUCUGCAAACAAAUCGGCGACCCUGACUUGGAUGCCAUCGGAGUGUUCAACCCUUCACACAGAGCGCGGUUGCUUCAAAGUGUUCGAACUCUACGCGAAGAGGGAGCUGCAAGUGUUUACUUCAGUCUGGAAGAAGCCGAAAAAGCCAACCAGGAGGACGAUACCAACACCAUUCAAAACUUUUUGACAUCUUCGGCGAAUAAUAGUGAUGUUGAUAGACACAGUAACUCUUCCAAGGCUUCGGGUGAUAAGACUGUACCUAGUGCACCACCUCCAUGUACCGAGGAAGUCGCGAAGUACUUGGAUGAGUAUGAGGAGGGUAAAGCUGAGCUGGUGAAGAUACCUAGGAUGCAGCUGAAGGUGUUGCUGAAGGAGAAGCUGAUGCAGGAUGGUGUGAAGCUGAGUUUUCAACCUUAUUCAACUCAGGAUGGUGAACGGGGUUACCUGGAAGGACUGGCAUCGAGGUACGCAGACCUUUUUUCAACACACUACGGUGACGUUUUAGGUCAUCUGGAGGACCUUAGGAAAACAGAGGUGGCGGAAUCAGCCACGAGAGAGCGCUUACAAUCGAACACUUCGGACACGAACAGCGUGGGAAGUAACACUAGUCAGGGCAUGACGUCGUCACAGAGUCAACCCCUCUACGUACCAGGCAAAUAUUUACCAUCUAGUUGUUUAACACAUAAAGAAGAGGAUGAAAUAUACGGUUUUGCUGGUCCUGUACUGAAACCAAACCAAAUACAUCUUCCUCAAUCGCAAAAGAUCAUUGCACCUCCCAUGACUCAACCAUUAUUAUCACAUCAGCAGCAUAACUAUCAAACGUGUUUAAGUCCCAGAUCAGCGUACUUCUACGAAUUUCCGCCAAAUGAACAAAGUUACUCGAACACCAGCAAGAAGAAAAACACAUUUUCUCGGAUCCAGAGAAUAUUUAAAACGUCCCAUCGGAAGGAAAAGCACGGGUCCAGUUCUCCAAGGCACGGAAGGGCAGCAGCCAGAGGUGUUCCUCAAAGGGUGGACACUCCUGACAGCGUCCUGCAAUCCGGCUUAGGGCUGUCAGAUCUGGGCCAGCACGCCGUCCUGCGUUCCAUGGUGGAUCCCAUGGAUUAUGAUCGACUGCGCCAUCUGCAGAUGAACGGCGGCACUCCGAACUCGUUCGAAGAGACAAUCUAUAAACUCAAGGUUCAGGAGGCUCUAAGAAAAAGGGAGAAGUUUGCGAAGGAACACGAAGAGAUAUUAAGAGACAUAAAACAGGGUUUACUACAAUUAGGAAAAGAAGGUAUACGAGGGCCUCUAACAUCUGCAGAUGACACGUAUAUGUACGACGAUGACGUCAGGAUGCUGGCGCCAUCUUGUAUGCCCCACCCUCAUGAUCCUCGUUUGGGACACUGGUACGACGAACCGCCCUACGAAAGCGAUCCAGAAGAUUUUUUAAUGGGAGGGAGAGGGGGACCACAAGCUACGAUACAGAACGGAAGAGUUUGCUUCACGCUGAACGUUCGACCAGACCAAAAAAGUGGAGAGGGAGUUAUAUCUCUACGUACUGCAGGAGAUAUUUCCCUUCCUACAGCUCACUGUCAGACACCUAGAAGAGGUCUGAUUUUACCCAGGGAAGCUGGGUAUCCACCCACAAUCAUACCAUUAAGGUCUUCCAGAGAGCGGGAAAGUGGCGAUUAUGCCAGUUCCGACGUCCAGAGUGUCAGUUCGAGAUUAUCCACGCUUUCCAUGGACACAAGCAGAUCCGAGUUAUUAGAGAUGACAAGCAUGAUAUCGCCUCAGUGUUACACGCAGCUCGAUAACAACAGUAAACAGCGACAUUUUAGUAGGCGCAGUCAUAACUAUCCGAGAAGUGAAGACGGCCUAUCACCUAGUCAGAGUUCAGACUACGAAGACCAAGAAGAGUAUAGCAACUGUAGUCAGCAACAAAUAGCUACCGUCCAUGUGUCAAGUGAUGGAAGAACUGGAGUGUCCAGUUUGGUGGGAAAAGUUAGAGGUUUAAGAGAAGAUGUCCAAAGGAAAAUAUCACGAUUAAAAGGAGACGAUCAACGAACCAAUCAUGAACAAACACACACUUUCUCAGCUAGUUCAGUGGAAAGUUUACCAAGUGGAUCUGGCUCAAGUACGCAGGCGUUAGUGAGAGCUGGAAGUAACCACAGCUCUAUAUCAACAGAGGAAGUAGAUCCUAGUCCCACAGAUCAAAUUAUUGGUCGAGCCAGAGCAGUUAUGGAUCAAAUACCAAGUUCGUACGAUAAGGAAGCGUUAAAAUUUAAGGCUGGUGAUAUAAUAGACAUAGUUUCCAUGAACGCGAGCGGACUUUGGCGAGGCAUCUGCCACGGCAAAAAGGGCACUUUCAAGUUCAAACACGUCGAACUGUUGUCCGAGAGAUCAGUAAAACCCAAACGCGAGCCUAAGUCAUGGCACAGGGCCGUCAAGGGCAAACCUGUAUCCGUGGAGGAUUUACUCCAUAAAAUUGGUCUGCCGGAUUACAUAUCCGUUUUCGUGCUGAACGGAUACGAAGAUUUGGAGCUGUUCAAGGAAAUUGAACCUUCGGAUAUGGAUUAUUUGGGGAUAGUGAACGCCGAUCACAGGGCGAAGAUUUUGACGGCGGUGCAGUUGCUGCAUGAGUUGGAUUCAGGUAGUGAGGGCGACAUUGCAGGCUCGAGCAGCGAGAACGACGACCAGCGGCAACACCGCACCAACUUCGGCCGACGUCACUUUCCGCGCGAUUCUGGUUGCUACGACGGCCACAAGAGGUCGCACAUGUCGCCCCAAUCCGACACCAGCGACCAAGCGGACAAGAACAACCUUGAUUCGGUGGUGGAGCAGUGUAACAACGAAAUAUUAGCUAGGAAUAAUGUGCGUCAAGCGCAAAAGAACCAUUUAAACACCAAAGAAGACCUCGGCUACGAGAUGAACAUACCGCCUAUGGUGCUGGAACGAAAAACGAAGGAUUCCUAUGUCACCAUGCACGGUCAGACGUCCUUGGUCGAUCCUUGCAGGCGCAAUUUGCCGAGUAGGAAGAAAACCGUUGAGGAUUUUUGCGAAACCGAUCAAAAAUUUUCGUCAGUAAAAUUUGUGGUUGGUUCUGAGCUCUCCGAACAGGGAUCCCUCAACAUCCUGGGCAAGAGUUGCCUGAGCGAAAAGUCAAGCGACAGCGGCGUGAGCAGCAGUUCUCUGUCUUCCACGCUGAAAGAGAGGGACAGCAGGUCGAUGCAGUUCCAGCAUCAUCUAGAUAGAAGCAAUAUUAGUGCCAACGUUACGUCCACUACUGCCAAUAAGUAAUGAGAAGUUAGGAAGAAUGUUAGGAAAAUACUUAAAAAAGACAUUUACUGUCAUGGUUUUGUUGGUUAUAUAUGGCCGUAGAACGAUUAGAUUUUACCUAAAAGAUAUGUGAAUCAUUUUGACACAUUCACAGAGUUACCCUGUGUUCCAAAAAAGUUCUCAGAUUUUCUACACUGGCCAGCACAAAAAACAGGCAUCUUAAAUGUUAUAUUCAAGUUUACUAUAGUUUGUUCUAAUGGGCCGAUAUUGGUGCUAAACAAUUUGUAGCUAAACUUGUUGACAUUUUUCCUCUUUUUAAAUAAAAAUACAGUUUUCUGUAACUAUUUGUAAAAAUUUUCUCCAAUAUCAACAUUUCGUUUUCCUCCUAUAAUAAUAUGAGGGAAAAGGAAAUGUUUGUUGUAAAAAUUUGAAACACCCUUUGGAAUCCUUUAACAAAGCAAGAAUUUCAAAAAUAACUUUAUCAUUAAAGUGCAUCUUUUCUUGAUGGCUUGUUUUUUAUUCAUCAUUGGCUUACUUUUUGUUGUAGAUAUUCGCCUUUGAAGAGAACACUAACGAAUCUACAGCAUUUUUAGCAUUUGAUGCAAGUCUUUGCUUUGAACUUUGUAAAUUUUGUGCCAGUCAGGGUAUUUAUUUGUUUAUCUUAUACCGGGUGCGUCUUAAAAGUGGCUCACCUCUAUAAGUUUUUUUAAUUUUGCAA